AUAAUACGAAGAGGAACAUGUCUUCAACUCAUGGGAAUAUGCGAGUCGGGGAUCUGUAUCAUUUCCAGAUGUAUCACGAGGGACCUUUGCAGACGAACAGCACGGUGAACUCAGAUUAUGGAGCUCCAGAUGUGACCAACUACUUCAACUCUGCGAACUCUGCGCCAAGGGCAGAGAAAUGCGUGGCAAUACUGACCCACAGGAGAAAGAGGACUAACUUCACCCAGCAGCAAAUCGAGGUGCUGGAGAAAGUUUACUCGGAUACUAAAUAUCCUGACAUCUACCUGAGGGAGAGACUGGAGGCUCUGACCGGGCUUCCUGAGUCCAGAAUUCAGGUGUGGUUUCAGAACAGAAGGGCCAAGUCUCGUCGCCAGGUGGGCUCCUCAGGGUCUAUGAAGGUCCCCACACCGCCAGCAGCGAGCCCAUUCAGCCAGCUCCAGAGCAGGAUGGGCCCAGAGAAAGUGUAUGACAACAAUCAUGGAGCCGAGGCCCAAAGGAUUGGAGGUUUUGGACUGGAGGACAGUUUCAGACCUUCCAUGCACCAGAGCACAGAUGACCCUCACAGAACCAGCAUGCCCGCCAAGCCCAGCAGCUACGAACACACGCCUGUCUCCUGCCUCUACGACAAAGAGGGGUCGAGAGCAAAGCCUGAUCAGAUGCAGCGGCACAAGCUGAGCGUCAACGUGCCGUGCUGUAACGUCCACCUGUAUCCCAAAGAGAACGAGCAUCAGCCCAAGAUGGAAGCCAACAUGCCCGCCAACCAGGGCCCGAAGGUUCUGGUGGAAUAUGACAACUUCCCCCCCAACAAGACCAUCGGCCCAGAGAUGAAAGUUGUGAUUCCUCCCAUUCCCUCGCAGAAUAACUUCAGCAGGUCAUCGCCGAAGGAUAAUGGAUGCCAAAUCCAGUAUCCACGCGUGAUGUCCGCAGGAGAUCGGUUCAGCCACUUCUCCCCGAUCCACGCCACUGAGGCGCAGGAUUUUACCGACUCUGACUCUGACUGGGAAAGCGAUGCCUUGGCAGGCUUUGGUGGCUUUAUGUGAUGUAUUAUAACAGCUGAUAUAUAUACAGCUACGUGUAUACGUGUAGAGCAGUGCUUCUCAAAGUGUGGUCCGCGGACCACUGGUGGUCCGUGAGCGCCCCCUAGUGGUCCGUGAGUAUAUUGGUAACAUUUCACAUUUGAAAUAAAUAAAUAAAUUUAAGUUUUCCGCACUCUCGCGGGAAUAUCUCCGCAAUGGAGCGAGCUUAAGUUUCACUUUCGAUUGCAUGAUAUAGCCCAGCGCAACACCUUCAUCACACAUGUUGCCACUUGUUUGUACCAUUUUCAGGCGAUUUGUAAUCUGUUCUAAAAAAACGAUGUGUUUUUGGAUAUUUGUGGAGUUAGGUGGUCCGCGAGUGUUUUUUCAUUGGUUAAGUGGUCCUUGGUAUGAAAAAGUUUGAGAAACACUGGUGUAGAGGCAGUAUACAAUUGUUUGCAAAAAAGGAAAAUGUGUAUUUAUUGUAAAAUAGUAAUAGAAUUGUAGAAAAAUAAAUGUUGAUUAAUAAAUACUAACAAAUACAA